AUGAUGUUCCUGAUAGGUCAGAAAGUCCUGAAGUGGUCCAUGGCAAUCAGCCUAAUGUUCCCGAAAAGCCUUAUGUCUGCCAAAUAUGUGGACGGAGGUAUAAAGAAAAGAGAUAUUUGUUUUCUCAUAAGAAAAAUCACUUGGGAAUCAGAAAUUACAAAUAACGUCCCAAUUUUCCCACUAUUCCCCGCUCUCACCCAUCUGCAAACACCGGAACAAACCUUAAAUUUUGGACAAAGUCUUGGAAAUUCAAUUGUGGAAAUGAUCAUUGAAUUUUAG